UGACGUUUUAGUGUGGGGUAUGUGGUUUGCUAACAGCCAGGCCAGUCAGCCGAAGAAAGGUACCGGGAAAAGGAAGAGAUGUUGCAGCAUGACAGUCUCGUUGGAGUGAAGUCCUGCUCUGGUGAAUCGUUGAUGGUUGAGGCAGCUGGAUUUUAAGAAUGGAUUAUUUCUUGGCCUGCACAUUUCUCUUUACACUGAUGUUACCAAGAGGUAUUACUACUGACACAGAGAAGAAAACCUCAGAUUCAGGAUUGGAAAUCUAUAAGAAGCUGUUUGAAGUAAAGCGCAAAGACCAAAUGAAUGCACUGAAGAACCUGAUUGAACUCAAUGAUGUAAACCAGCAGUACAAGAUCAUAGACAUCAUGCUCAAAGGUCUCUUCAAAGUUCUUGAAGACUCACGAGCAGUACUUAUAGCAGCAGAUGUUUCACCAGAUGGGCCAUUUUCUCAGGAUGAGAAGAUAAAGGAUGCCUAUUCCCAUGUGGUGGAGAAUACUGCUUUUUUUGGGGAUGUAGUCCUACGUUUUCCCAAGAUAGUGCACCACUACUUUGAUCGCAAUUCCAAUUGGAACAACCUUAUUCGCUGGGGGAUCAGCUUCUGCAACCAGACAGGCGUAUUUGAUCAAGGUCCCCACUCACAAGUAUUAGGAUUGAUGGCUCAAGAGCUAGGAAUUAGUGAGAGAUCUCCAGACUACCAGAAUCCCUUUAAAGCAGACAGUUCUGAAUUUUUCCCUGGCGCUAACACAUUCCAGAAGGCUCUCCGGGAGGAAGAGAAGCGUAGAAAGAAAGAGGAGAAACGGAAGGAAAUUCGCAAGGGGCCUCGCAUCUCACGCUCACAGUCUGAGUUGUAAUUCUAAUGCCAUUUGCCCAGUCACUGAAACUUUUGCUGGUGGGAGUUAAAACAACUGAAAAAGGAAUGCCCCUUGUGACCUCAGGAAAAUGCCAAGCUGUUGAAAGGUCAGAGCUUGGAGGUGAUAUUCUUUCAACAGGACAUUGGCAUGUACUAGAUUGUGCUAUAAGAAAUACCUAGAUGAAGACCAUGAGGUUUCAGUGCAUAUUUCCUUAUGGGAAGAAAGACUUUUCCAAGUAUCUGGAAUGUAUAGAGUAUGUCAGGGACUGUUCUCCAUGUGUAUUUUUGUCUCUUGUGGCUUUGCCAGUUUGUAAUGCUAAGAGUGUUGGGAAAAUGGGGCAAGAAGAGAGGGAAUUAAUUCUCUGGUAUAUGCCAUGUCUACCAUUGAUAACAUAAUAUACCAUGUACCAUUAUGCAAUCAGAAAAGUAAUAUAUUAUUGCUGCAACAGAUUUUGUUUCUGGGCAGCAAAGAACUACUUUGGAAAUUCUUUUAGAGAUGCACAAUUCUUUUGAAUUCUUUUAGAGAUGCACAAACUUGGGAAUAUUAAUUAGAGAUAAAGUACUUUUUGAACACUUAUUCUUUAGAUUGUAUGGAAUGUGACUGGGACCUGGGAUACAUGAAAGAUACACUGUUCCUUAAAAUGUCAUAAUAAUAAUUCAGAGCCCUUCUAGGUAGUAUCAAAUGCUAUCUGGUUGUCAAGCUUCCUUCAUUUUACAAGGCUGUUAAAGUAUUUUCUCCUGAAAGGGAAGAAAAAUGUUUAGUUGAGAAGAAGGUCAACAAGGCUGUGCACCAUGAUAUAAUGCCUGUACUUGAACAAGAGAAUAAAGUGUCAAGGUAAAGUGAUUUUUA